CGCGCAGUGCGGCGGAACGCGCUCCUCGCGACGCCGGCUGUGGCGCUGAGUGUCUGACGUUCGUGUGCCGCUUCGAGCCGUGCCGCUCGCGAGGAUGCUGGGCGCCGAGCCGGCGUGGAAGAGCUGCGGCCGCGGGCUGUGGAGGAGUUUGCGUCGUGCUGCCGGCGGCAGCCUCCGCGCUCUGAGCGCCGCCUCGUCCUCAGCCCGCGGAGCGGCGCGGGGUGGCGGUGCUCCUCCGGCAGGUGCCAGUAAUGUAAAGCCACUGGAUGGUGUGAAAAUUCUUGAUUUAACAAGAGUGCUUGCAGGGCCCUUUGCCACAAUGAAUUUAGGAGAUCUCGGGGCUGAAGUUAUCAAAGUGGAAAGACCAGGAACUGGUGAUGAUACAAGAGCCUGGGGCCCACCUUUUGUUGGAACAGAAAGUGUUUAUUUUCUCAGUGUCAACAGAAAUAAAAAGAGUAUAGCUAUCAAUAUGAAGAAUUCAAGAGGAGCAAAGUUGAUCAGGGAGCUUGCAGCUGUAUCUGAUGUUUUCGUGGAAAACUACAUCCCUGGGAAACUGGCUGAAAUUGGCCUAGGUUAUGAAGACGUUGUAAAGAUUGCUCCUCACAUAGUAUACUGUUCAAUAACAGGUUAUGGACAGACGGGUCCAAUGGUUCAGAGAGGUGGAUAUGACUCCAUUGCAGCUGCCAUUUCUGGUCUCACACACAUCACAGGGCACGAGGGUGGUGAACCAGUUAGAGUAGGAGUAGCCAUGACAGAUCUUGCUACUGGCUUGUAUGCAUGCGGAGCAAUUAUGGCUGGCUUGCUUCAGAAGCAUAAGACGGGGAAAGGAAUGCACAUUGACUGUAAUCUCUUGUCAUCUCAGGUUGCAUGUCUUACUCAUGUAGCAGCUAAUUACCUCAAUUGCAAAAUUGAAGCUAAACGCUGGGGUACAGCUCAUGGCAGUAUUGUUCCAUAUCAGGCUUUUAAGACUGAAGAUGGUUACAUCGUGGUGGGAGCUGGAAAUGAUCAGCAAUUUGUCACUGUGUGCCAGAUCCUGAAUCUGCCUGAAGUCAUUAAGGAUUCCAGAUACAAAACUAAUGAGCUGAGAGUCCAGAACAGAAAAGAACUUAUUGACAUAUUGUCAACUCGGUUUUCAGAAAAAACAACAGUCGAGUGGUUGCAGCUCUUUGAAGGCAGUGGAGUUCCAUACGGUCCAAUCAACAAUAUGCAGCAGGUAUUCUCGGAGCCUCAGGUGCUGCACAAUGGACUAGUAAUGGAAAUGGAUCACCCAACAGCUGGGAGGAUAGCUGUUCCAGGGCCAGGUGUAAGAUAUAGUGAAUUUGUUGUGUCACAUCCCAAACCACCUCCACUUGUUGGACAGCAUACAGUGGAGAUAUUGAAGGGCAUGCUUAGGUAUGAAGAUGAUGCCAUAGAAGAACUGCUCCGCGCUGGUGUUGUGGCUCAGCAUGAGGUCAGAUAAGGAACAUUAGCUACAUUCCUUCACACUGAGCUCACAUAGCUUUGUCCUCUCUUUGCUCCCUUCAGCUCCCCUAAUGGGACUCAAAGAGAAGACAAAAUUUAAUUCUUAAUUUACUUCCAUGUGCGUUUGUAUGAUUUUAACACUGAUGUAUCAAAUAAACAAUUUCAUACUGUCCAAGCGAAAGGUUUUUUUGGGGGAAGGAGGGUUAAAUAUAAUUAUAUGGCCCUAUGUGGCUACUCAUUUUCUGUAUAUCAUAUGGGAAAUGGAGUUCUUAUCGUAAUUACAGUAAUUGCCUAAGUGUUUGUCCCCAGAAAGAUAUUAUGUUAGUGAAAAGAAGCAGAAAUGUAGUAAUUCUUGUACUAGACUCUCCCUUUGCAGAAAGCUGACUUGCACAGUUACUUCAGUGGAAAACCAGCCGUGUACAAACUACUGGUUGAUCUAAUUGAUUCUGAACAGAACCGUCAGUCAUGAACUUUUCAUCUCUAUUGUAAAGCGCAGGUAAAGCGACCACUGAAAAAGUCUUCUGUUCCCUGGUAAUACCAAUUACUGGCACGUCUUCAUAUUACAUUGCAUGAUCAUGACAAACUGAACACGUUAACAGAAAAAAAGCUGGAACCGAUCCAGUUCUUCAGUUGUGAAAUGAACCUCUGAUUGAGAGAUAAACCAUGAUUGAAUUCUCUUUUGUAAUUUUAUUCAAGAAGGCCCCAAGUGCUCUUUAAUUAAUUGAUCCACACGAAAUUGCAUGCCAAAUGUCAUAUGCCAGAACUUGCCCAAGUUUUUGGUCUGGUUGUGUGAGUAGGUACUGAUAUUUAUCUCUGACACUAGAUGCCAUCCAAAAUGCCUUUCACUGUGAAUAAAACAUAGCUUAAAUACAAAUCUCUGCAAAUCUUCUGUCUUAGUCCCACCCAUGUGAUUAUAACAUGGUCAGAGUAGAGUAACCUUCAUCAGUUAGUAAUACCAUAUCCUGUAGUAGGGUUGUUCUGUGGGGUAAGGCACCUUGUAUUGUGAGCAGGUGAAAAAAUUUGAUCCACUCCAAAUAGUAAGGAAAAAAUUAAAGAAGACCCAUUUCUUCUAUACAAACCAAUUUGGCUGUACUUCACUCACAGAAGAAAUGCCAUG